AUGAUAUUUAAUAUUGAGAGAAAACUGACUACUUUAAUAUCGAGAGAAAACCUCUUCCUCUUCAUCUUCCACCGCCAUGCCUCCGCCUUCUGCGAACAAGCCCGAUCAAUCUUGGAGUUCAAAAAAGGCAUCAAAUCCGCCCCUUCCGACCUCGUCUUCUCCUCAUGGGUGUCCCUCGCUGACGCCUCCGCAUGCCCCGACGACUUCUAUUGUGUCCUCUGCUACGCCGCCGCCUUCGCCUUGGUCGUCGUCGCUCUAGACGGCUUUGGUCCCACCGGAUUCCUGAAAUUCAGCAACCUCAUCCCGCUCAACCUCAUCUCGCUCCCAAGGUCGAACGUGUUUGUCCUAGACGCCUUGAGGAGACGAAGGACGAUCGGAGAAUUUUGUUGUUAG